AUGUUCUGCAUUCAUCUCCCCUUCUUCCUCUCAGUCCACUCUGUGCCUGCCAUCCUUCUCCCCCCUCUCCCCUGUGCUGCAGUCACCGGUCUCCAUGACUUAGAUGAGUUCGUGCAAGCACAGCUCAUCCUCGCUGCGCUAGUGAUAGUGACGCACACGCUGCGGGCGGGGGGCUCGUUUGUGGCGAAGAUAUUCCGGGGCAAGGACAUAAGCCUGCUCUACUGCCAGCUGCGCGUCUUCUUCCACCAUGUCACCUGCGCCAAGCCCAAGUCCAGCCGCAACUCCUCCAUCGAGGCCUUUGUGGUGUGUCGGGGGUACCACCCACCAGAGGGGUUCCACCCGUCGCGGCUGAGGGAAGUGCUGCAUGGCACUGCCGCCACCGCUGCCGGGAAAGCAGCUGCCCUUGACUCAGAUUGUCUGUCUGCAGGACUGGACGGCCCGGAUCGGCUCUUUGUGCCCUUCCUAGCAUGCGGCGAUCUCUCAGGCUAUGACGCCGACCAGUCAUACCCGCUCAACCUCCCCUCUACACACUCACACUCACACCCUCACUCUCACUCCGACUCUCACGCACAGACAGAGAGUGCAGUGCCGUACCGGCCUCUAGCGCCAGUGCAGCCACCCAUAGCCCCAGCGUACAAGACAGCACUAGAGAGACAGAGGCAGGGAGCGCGGUGA